AUGCAGAGGGCUGGGUUGAUGGUGACUUUGAAGUCCCCGCAGAGUCUCACGGCGCCGUCCUUCUUGUUCACGGGCACCACUGGCGUAGCCCAGUCACUAUGCGCCACAGAGAAUCAUGUUCUGCAGUAUUUCUACACUGGAUCUUCAGAGUUUGUGGUAGUCGGGAUGAUCAAUGAUGUUCAGAUCAUUCACUAUGACAGCAGCAGCAGGAGAGCAGAGCCCACACAGGACUGGAUGAUCAGAGUCACAGAGGAUGAUCCACAUUGGCUGAUUCUGCCUCUUUCUCUCUCAGGUGUCCACGUUAUCCAGCUGUUUUAUGGCUGUGAGUGGAACGAUGAGCAUGAAUACACAAGAGGAUAUUUUAAGUAUGGCUAUGAUGGAGAAGAUUUCAUAUGGUUUAAUCCAAACACACAAACAUGGAUCCCUCUAAAACAACAGGCUGUCAUUACCAAACUGAAGUGGGAUCGUGAUGAUGAUUUAAAUAUGCAGACAAAAAAAUAUUUAACUGAGGACUGUGUUGGCUGGCUGAAGAAAUACGUGAACUACGGUCAACACAGUUUGAACAGAACAGUUCUUCCCUCAGUGUCUCUCCUCCAGAGGUCUUCCUCCUCUCCCAUCACCUGCCACGCUACAGGUUUCUAUCCCAACAGAGCCGAGCUGGUCUGGAAGAAAGAUGGAGAGGAGCUUCAUGAAGGUGUGCACAAAGGAGAGAUCUUCCCCAACAAUGACGGGACCUUCCAGAUGAGUGCUGAUCUGGACCUUUCAGCAGUUGGAUCUGAGCACUGGGACAGGUACAGCUGUGUGUUUCAGCUCUCAGGUGUGAACGAGGACAUCACCACCAAACUGGAAGAACCAGAGAUCAUAACCUGUUAUGGUUUUUAACCCUCGGUGAUUGAUCCAGUGGUUGUUCCUGUGAUUGUUGCUGUGGUCGUUCUCGCUGCUGUCGCUGUGAUUGGAUCCAUUAUUUACAAAAAAGAGAACAGGCAAACUGCCCCCAGCUCCUGUGGAGAUCCAUGAAGUCCAGAAACUUACGAGUCCUGCAGCCUGAAUGACCAACAGCUUCAGAAUUUUAUCAUGUUUUAAUGUAAAACUUCUGUAACCAGAAUGAAGUGCUUCACCAGUUGAACCAGUAUUAAGCAAUGUCAGCUUCCUGCAGAUACUUGAAACCAGGAUACUUGGUGUUGAUGAGGUUGUUAGUGGAGCUAACAACAGUGGAGCUGUUCAGUGGAGCUGAACAGUCCAAAUUUAUUUUUUUUCUCUCCAGGUUUAUGGAUAAAUGUUGCACUGAAACA